GACGGAUACCACACAGCGGACGGAUAUUCAGUUCUUUUCCAGGCUGUUUCUCUGACAACAAGCAGCUAUAGUAAAGAUGCCCCCCACCCCCAUCGUGAUUGACGUACAGUGGCCGUUACUUGGAUUGCAGUAAGUGGAGAAAAGAGACAUACGGUAGGCUGUCAAUAUGAGGGUAAUUUUUCUUAUUAAAUAAUUUAUCUGAAGCGAGGAAAGUAGAAAUAAUCCAACUCAUUUAAGCAAUGAAGCUGCAGUGAUACUGUACAUCUUGGAAUCUGCUGCCAGACAUUGGAGGAGUGGCUUUUUGGUACACAGGAAUGGCUAUCGGCACGCAUUCAUAAUUUCGCAUGCUGUCCUUAACUGAUUUCCUACUGCUUUAUGAUUAAAGUGGAAUGAAUGGAUUACAUUUUUUUUCUGGAUUUUUUGUGUAAGGACUGCAUUGAGUCUGUACUGCCCAUUUCUCGCAGUAAGGGAGCAGAUGGAAUGAGUUGAUAAUUAGCUGGUCAUUUUCACUGGAAUUUAUCUUGUUCUUUCGAAGGGGCUAGGCUGCUGUUUCAACUGAAGUGAAUUCGCCCCGAAGGCGUUUUUUAUUUUCACUGUAGAUGCGCUGAUCUUACAUGGCAAAACGUAGACGUGUAAACGACUGCUUUUAAGGAAACACUGUGAGGAUGGAUUUUUGUGUAUAAAUUGCUGGAAGGUCUUUGGCUUGCUAAAUUAUACAGUUGUAAAAAUAGUAGGUGUUCUCUGGAUACAGCCACCUAUCCUGUGUUUGCAGAUGAAUUAAUACGGUAACCUAACGGUUAACGUCUUAACGGACAAAAGAUCUCAAAGGAGUGAACAGUCAGUCCCCUAUUUUAGCAGCAUGGAUAACGAAAUUUUUACACCCCUUCUGGAACAGUUUAUGUCUAGCCCGUUAGUGGUUUGGGUCAAAACGUUCGGACCUUUAGCUGGAGGAAAUGGUGGAAACCUUGACGAGUACGUAGACUUGCUGGAUGGUAUAUUUUUGAAUGAGAUCAUGCUUCAAAUUAACCCUAAAGCAACAGUUCAGCGAGUAAACAAGAAGGUUAACAAUGAUGCAUUACUCAGAAUGCAGAAUCUGUCCAUACUGGUUCAUCAAAUCAAAUCGUAUUAUCAGGAAACUCUGCAGCAGCUGAUUGUGAUGUCACUGCCAAAUAUUUUGACCUUGGGUAGAAAUCCACUUUCAGAACAAGGUGUUGAAGAAAUGAAAAAGAUGCUGUUACUUCUGCUGGGGUGUGCUGUUCAGUGUGAGAAGAAAGAAGAAUUCAUUGAAAGAAUUCAGAGUUUGGAUUUUGAGACCAAAGCUUCAGUUGCUUCUUACAUCCAAGAGGUGACGCAGAAUCAAGAAAAUGUGCUUGACCUCCAGUGGUUAGAACUUUCUGAUGUCUCCCAAGAAGAUCUUGACUCACUCUGUAGAAAUAUGGCAUUUCAUUUAAAAAGGGUGGUAGAUGAGCGAGACGAAUACUGUGAGACAAUUGUUGAAUUAUCACAGGAACGAGAUUAUGCUCAGUCUUUGCCUAGUGUUCAGAUACCCCAGUCACCCAGUGGCUCUCCAAGUAUGAGACGCACUGAAAGCAGACAGCAUCUUUCUGUAGAACUUGCAGAUGCAAAAGCAAAGAUAAGAAGGCUUAGGCAAGAGCUGGAGGAAAAAACUGAGCACCUUGUAGACAGCAAGCAGGAAGUUCAGCAGAUAGAGGCGGAGGUAAAAAGGCUGCAGCAAGAGAACAUGCAGUUGCUUGGGGAUGCUCGUUCAGCCAGAACUUAUCGAGAUGAAAUAGAUGCACUCCGUGAGAAAGCAAUUAGAGUUGACAAGCUUGAAUGUGAAGUCAUCCGGUACAAAGAACGUCUUCACGAUAUUGAAUUUUACAAAGCUAGGGUUGAGGAAUUAAAAGAAGACAAUCAAGUUCUUUUGGAAACAAAAGCCAUGCUAGAGGAGCAACUUGAAGGUGCUCGGGCCCGCUGUGAUAAGCUUCAUGAGUUAGAAAAGGAAGGCCUCCAGUUAAAAGCUAAACUGCAUGAUAUGGAGAUGGAACGUGAUGUUGAAAGAAAAAAAAUUGAAGACUUGAUUGAAGAGAACCUGACCCUGGAAAUGGCUCAGAAACAGAGCAUGGAUGAAUCAUUGCACCUUGGCUGGGAACUGGAACAGCUCUCUAAGACCAGUGAAAUACUGGAAGUGCCUCAGAAGUCUCUUGGUCAUGAAGUAAAUGAAUUAACUUCAAGCCGCUUGUUAAAACUAGAAAUGGAAAACCAAACCUUGCAAAAAACAGUGGAAGACUUGCAAAGCACAAUUGAUUCUGCUGGAGCAGGUGAUGCCAGAAUUUUGAAAAUGGAAAAGGAAAACCAAAGAUUAAGCAAAAAGCUAGAGAGACUUGAAAGUGAAUUGAGCCAUGAGAGGGAAAGUUCUCAAAACAUUGUGAAGCUGAGUAAUGACUUAAUGAAAGAGAAGGCACAACUUGAAAAGACUGUCGAGACACUUCGAGAAAACUCAGAGAGACAGAUCCAAGUACUAGAACAAGAAAAUGAUCACUUGAAUAAAACAAUAAGCGCUCUCAGGCAGCGUUCUCAGGUUGGUGCAGAAGCAAGGGUGAAAGACAUUGAAAAAGAAAAUAAAAUACUUCAUGAGUCUAUUAAAGAAACAAGCAGCAAGUUAAAUAAAAUGGAGUUUGAAAAGAAACAGCUUAGGAAAGAAUUGGAACUUUAUAAAGACAAAGGCGAAAGAGCAGAAGAACUUGAGAAGGAGGUACAUCGACUAGAGAUGGAGAAUGAGCAGCUACAAAAGAAGAUCACUGGCCUAAUUAUAACGUGUGAAAAAGUUGAAGUUUUGGAGCAGGAGUAUUCUGAUCUUGAAGUAGAAAACAAAAAACUUAAGAAGACGCUUGACAAUUUAAGCAGCCUCAAAUUCCAGGCAGAGGCUCUGAAGAAAGAGAAUGCCCAGCUCCAUGAAGAAAAUUUGGGGUUAAGGAGGACUGUGGAAUCCUUAAAGUCAUCAAGUGUAAAAGUAGCUCAGUUAGAACUUGAGAACAAGGAGCUGGAAAAUGAAAAGGAACAGUUAAGAAAAAGUUUGGACUUAAUGAAGGCAUGUUUUAAAAAAACCGAACGUUUAGAAGUCAGCUGCCAGGGACUGGACAUUGAAAACCAAAGGCUGCAAAAAGCCCUUGAAAACAGCAACAAAAAAAUCCAACAGCUAGAAAGUGAACUUCAAGAUCUGGAAACAGAGAAUCACUCCCUGCAGAAAAAUUUGGAAGAAUUAAAAAUCUCCAGCAAACGUUUGGAGCAGUUAGAAAAGGAAAAUAAGGUACUAGAGCAAGAGACAUACCAGCUUGAAAAAGACAAGAAGCAACUUGAGAAAGAGAACAGAAGACUUCGUCAGCAGGCUGAGAUCAGAGAUUCCACAUUAGAAGAGAACAAUAUAAAAAUAACAAACAUUGAAAGGGAAAAUAAACUGCUCAGCAAAGAAAUCAGCAUAUUCAAAGACUCCUGUGCACGAAUGAAGGAAUUAGAGAAGGAGAACAAAGAACUUGUUAAGCAAGGGACCAUUGACAAAAAAACUCUUGUCACGCUGCGGGAGGAAUUGGUACAUGAGAAACUGAAAACCCAGCAAAUUAAUAAUGAGCUAGACAAGCUAACUCAUGAGCUUGAAAAAAUAGGAUUGAAUAAAGAGAGGCUUUUACAUGAGCAAAAUAAUGAUGACAGUAGGUACAAACUUUUGGAGUCAAAGCUGGAGUCAACACUUAAAAAAUCUCUUGAAAUAAAGGAAGAAAAAAUUGCUGCACUAGAGGCAAGACUGGAAGAAUCCUCAAAUUUCAACCAACAGCUACGCCAGGAGUUGAAGACGGUUAAAAAAAAUUAUGAAGCUCUCAAACAAAGGCAUGAGGAGGAAAAGAUGGCUCAAAGUACUCCACCAAAGUUCGGAGAAGAAAUCCAAGUUGUCAGAUGGGAAAAGGAAAGCCAAGAGGCCACAAGAGAACUUCUGAAGGUGAAGGACAGGUUAAUUGAAGUGGAGAGAAAUAAUGCUACCCUCCAGGCUGAGAAACAAGCUCUGAAGACACAGCUGAAACAACUUGAGACCCAGAAUAAUAAUCUGCAAGCACAGAUGCUCGCACUUCAGAGACAGAGUGCUUCUUUGCAGGAACAGAACACAACCCUACAGACACAGAAUGCUAAGCUUCAGGUUGAAAAUUCGACCCUUAAUUCUCAGAGUGCUUCUUUAAUGACUCAGAAUUCUCAGCUUCAGAUCCAACAGUCCACACUUGAAAAUGAAAAUGAAUCUCUCUUGAAAGAAAGAGAAGAGCUGAAGUUGAUGUAUGACUCGCUAGUAAAGGAUCACGAAAAACUGGAAGGUCUUCAUGAGCAUCAGGCUGGAGAAUACGAGUCACUUAUCACUAAGCAUGGAAGCCUCAAAUCUGUACACAAAAACUUGGAGGUUGAACAUAAGGAUCUUGAAGAUCGGUAUAAUAGGCUGAUACAGCAGAAGGACAAGUUAGAAGACCUGGAGAAUGUACUAAAGGCAGAACAAGCGAGGAUGUUACAAGAAAGCAAGAACAACGAAACCCUGGCUUCAGACCAUCAGAAACUUUGUGAAGAAAAUGAAAGACUGAAUAAUUCAUACAGUCAACUUCUAAAAGAGAAUGAGGGGCUUCAGGCAGAUCACAAGAAUCUGAAGACUUUAUUUAACGGAGCUAGACUAGAGCAAACACGGCUGGAGGCUGACUUCUCAAAAUUAAAGGAACAGUACCAGCAGCUGGACAUUGCAUCUACAAAAUUGAACAACCAGUGUGAGCUGCUGAGUCAACUGAAAGGGAAUUUGGAAGAAGAAAACAGGCACCUGCUAGAUCAAAUUCAGACAUUAAUGCUACAGAACAGAACACUACUGGAACAGACUAUGGAAAGCAAGGAUUUGUUUCAUGUUGAACAGAGGCAGUACAUAGACAAGUUAAAUGAGCUGAGACGACAGAAGGAGAAACUGGAAGAAAAGAUUAUGGAUCAGUACAAGUUUUAUGACCCAUCACCUCCAAGAAGAAGAAGUAACUGGAUUGCUGUUAAAAUGAGAAAACUAAUAAAACCAAAGAAGGAUGCGAAUCGUGAACGUUUGAGGUCUCUCAUCCUUUCACCCUCCCGAUCAGAAUCUGGUGAAGGAUUUCUUCAACUACCCCAUCAUGACAGUCAAGACAGUUCUUCAGUAGGUUCCAGCUCUGUUGAUGAUGGUCAUUCAUUUGGUACCAAAAAGAACAGCACUGCACUGAAAAGGCUGCCCUUUAUGAGGAACAGACCGAAGGAUAAAGACAAAACGAAGGCCCUCUACCGGCGCUCUAUGUCCAUGAAUGAUCUGAUCCAGUCCAUGGUCCUAGCAGGAGAGUGGACCGGUAGUUCGGAGCACCUAGAUGGCCCUGAUGAUUCUUCUUCUGGGGGCAGGAGGAAGGAUAUGGGAACUUUGGCCUUCUCUACUACAGCUAUCGACUUCAGCACUUGCAAUCCAUCUGUAGGCCUCAGAUCCAAGCAGUCUCCUAAGUCCAAAGAUAACACAUCACUUGAAGAUGUAGGUGUUCAAAGUGCAAAUGAUGAUUCCAGCACAAGCUCAAGAGCUUCCAGACCAGCAAGUCUUGACAGUGGCAGAACAUCCAGUAGAAAUAGCAAUAACAAUGCUACACUUCAUGAAGUAAGAGAAACUGGUACAGUCAUCACCAGCCAUAGCAGACCGCAAAGCAACAGCAGUGGAGAAUUUGGUCUUCCUCAUGACCCUGAGCCAUGUUCAAACAGUAAUGGUCCAGUACAACAGCCCAAUACUCUUACAAAGAAGUCUAUCAAACUUAGCCCUUUGGUUCAUCGAAAAGUUCUUGGGAUGGUAGAUUCUUUGGGACGACAAAAGGUUAAAGCUGUUUCACGUGGAAGUGAAGUUGUUAGCCUGCAGCAGUUUCUGGAAGAAAGCAGUAAAGCAUCCACAGGACAGGUUUGCUCUGCUAGCCAAGAGAGUCUUUUAGAUGAAAUGCUGAAAAAAUGUUCAGAUUCAUUUGCACUGACAAAGGAGAGGACAGAUGAACAUUCCAGAAGUGGCAACAGACUGAUGAGAUCCUUAAGUGGAAAAGCCACAGUUGAUUUUUCUGACUGUAGGCCAUCUAAGCCUGAGCAUUCUGUGCGACCCAGUCUUCGAACUACCACUGCAACUGUGAAGCCUACAUUAGCUGCACAAGGAAAAACGUUGUCUCUUGCAGAUAGGUUAGAUGCAGUUGAAGCACCACAGACAACUGAAUACAGUAGUUCUGCAACUUUACCCCGUGCAAGUAAUGUAAUCUCCACAGCAGAAGGCACCACUCGGAGGACAAGUAUUCAUGAUUUCAUGUCUAAGGAUAGCAGGCAACCAGUAUCAGUUGAUCCUUCCCCGACCAAGAUUGGCAGCAGCAGCCAGACAACACCCAAUGCGGAAGGUGUACAGGAAAGCAGAAAAUCAGAACACAGGUCUAGUGAGCAAGAAAGCUCCUAAAUCUGUAGUCGGCCCUCUAACAAUGAAGUGGGCUAAGUGAAAGAAAAGUGUCCUUCAAAUUCUCAAUUUGAAGCCUUGAGCUCUAACUUUCCACGAAUUCUAUUACUAAGAAUAUUGGAACAUUACUGGAAUCCAUUGUCAAACUCAAAGAUAAGUGUAAAUUGCAUCAUAUUCUUCCUUGAAUCAAGGAUUAUUUUGACUGCAAUAGUACUAAAACUUUUAGAAAGUAUUGGGGGAAUUUUCUACAGAAUGCACUCCUAUAGGUUUGUUUUUUGACAAAGAACAGCUGCAUGCUGCAAAAGGGACCACAGGCUUCUGCAGGCUCAAGAUCUAUUUCCGAAGAAACCAAUCAUGUCCUCAUUGGAUCCUUGUGGACCCGCCAUUCUUGCUUUUAACUAUCUGCUUUCCAUCAGACAAAAAGAUGCUCAACUUUAGAACUUGAGUUUUAAGCCAGAAGCAUGUCUGGACUAUUGUAGUAUGUUGCAUUUUAAAGCAACUGUUUUAUCAAAAAGAGGUAAAAAAGCUUUUUGGAAUGGCCAUACCUUUUAAGAUUAGCAUGUUCUGCAUGCCAUAUUCAACACAGCUUUUCUAAAGACAACACUCUGUUAAAAGUACAUAUGUUAUGGAACAUGUUUGCAUACAGCAAACCAUGCCAAAUGUUCAGUAUAUUUAAAAACAAUCAAGUAAUAAGCCUUUACAACAUUGGAACUCAAAUUUCAUUCUUAAGUUUUGUUUUUGUCCCUGCCUUUGUUAUAAUAGUAGCAGAUAACAUUUCGCAGGUGUUAAUUAUUUGGACUUGAGCAGCAUAUUUUAUUUUUACAUUGUUUCUUACCAAACAAGUGUCAAUGUGUCAUUUUUAUUUGAUGGUGAAAUUAUUAUUUAAUUCCCUGAAAGUGUGUUUAAUCCUGGACAUUUUUAGCAGAUGUUUUGAUUAUGUUACACUACAUGACAUGUAUAGCAUUAUGUUUUUCUGCUUAUGAAUAUUCAGUCACAGAUUUUGGGAUUUUAAGCUGCAGCUUUGUAAAGUUCUUAUUAGUUCUUUAUUAAAUAGUAAUUUAACUUUUGUGAAUCCUUAAA